AAAAGGGCGCCAACAACCGGCGCCUGCGCGUCUGUCUCAUACUCACUGUUGUCUGUCUCACUUUCGGACCCAUGUGGGGUGAAUUGAGCAUCAUGUAUAUUUUCGCCCGCUACCGGUUCAACUGGGAUGAGGUGAAGUACAGCAUCUACUCCACGUAUAGCCUCAUCACGCAUUCUAUAGGGACUCUGUUCAGUAUCAGUGUGUUCAGUAAGAAGCUGAGAGCAGACGACGCGGUUCUGGGGAUGGUCUCCGCUGCCAGUAAGAUCUGCGGGGCUUUGGUGUUGGCUUUUGCUAGAUACGACGUCGAGGUUUAUAUGAGCCCACUUGUGGAGAUAUUGAAUGGAACCACCAGUAUCGCUCUCAGAUCUAUCGCAUCCAAGCUGGUCUCCUAUCAGGAACUAGGCAAAGUGUUCUCUCUAUUUGGUGUGGCGGAGACGACGAUGCCAUUCAUCUUCACUCCCCUGUACUCACGCGUGUACAUCGCCACCCUCCACGUGUUGCCUGGGGCUGCCUUCCUUAUGAGUGUGCUAGCUAUGAUACCGGUUUUUGUCAUAUUUGGGUGGUUUUACCAACAGCAUAAAAGAGACGAGAAGGAAAAACGAUUGAAUGUACCCACGGAUACUAAACCCAACGGUUUGGAGAUUACUGAAGCACCUACACCUAUGGAUGCGAAGUCAGAGACGAUCACGGUGGACAAACUUGAAUCCACUACAACAAAACAAUAAAUAUUAGAUCCACAAUAUUGAUUGGAUCCAUAUUUAUUGCUUCCGUGGCAAAGCUAGAUUAAGUAUUCUAGAAAAUACUUUACGUACAGAGAAUAGAAGAUAAAAUUUGCGUAUGUGUGCCAAUGGUUUCACAACUAGGGAUGCUGAUGACCCUGCGAAGUGUAGAGGAAAAAGUAGGAAGGUGAAUACUGGGCUUCAACGCAACGGCUGAGGAAGGAACUGGGAAACGUUCAGAUCAGAGAGUGAACAGUUGAUGAAAUUUGAUUAGCGGUCAUGUUUGACUGUUUGAAGACUGAAGAAUUGUUCAAUGAUUGAGUCAUGAUUUUGAAUACCAGUAUCUACCAAUUUCUUUCAUAUUCCAUUGCAAUAGAUGCGACAACACUUUCUUCGAUCACAUGCAUAAAUGCACAUUUACUGUACAUUGAAAAGUAUUAAACUAAACCAGUGUCAGUCUUAUAUACUAUAUCGUUGGUUUCAUGUGAUAAGUUAAUCUGCUGAGAUAAUUUCUUCAAGUAAACUGGAAUUUUUUUAAUGGACUUUAGGUGUAUAAGCUUUUUAUUUCUUUUAUUAUGUAUGUAAAUAUUGUUGUAAAGAGAAUAAUCUAAUCAUAUUGUCCAAUUUUUUGUUUUACUUUUUUACAAGUCUAGUUCAACCUACUAAUAUUUAUUAUAAUAAAUGCUAAAUUUUGUAUAUAUCCGUGGAUAUAUGUUAGUUGACCACACACACAAUCUACGGACGGAUUUAGUUGAAAUGUCACCUAGGUA